AUGCGAAUUUCCAAUGUUUUCCUAUUAAUUUUCUUCACAUUUCUAAUUUUCACAAAAGCUGACGAUCAAGUGGACAACGAUUCUCAAGCGGAUGUUAAAGAGGAAAGUUCGAGUGGAGAAACGAAAGAAGAAGUUGAAUCAUCGAACGAAUCCUCAAAAGAUUCAACUCCUGAUCCAAGUGUUAUUGCAGAUGCAGUUAACCCAGAUGAAAAAUCAAAUACAACAAUGACAACGACAACGAUAACUGCACAAAGCUCUGAGGAAUCCAAAGAGGAAUAUGAUGAAUCCAAAGAUGAUGCUGAAAAAUCAGCUGAAAAGGGCGGUGAUGCAGAAGAAUCAUCAGAAUAUGAGACAUCGGAUGAAGGAAAAAAGGAGGAACAACAAGACGAUCAAUCUCAAGAUGCACAAAAAUUGAAUGGACAAGAGAUCAAUGUGUCCAUUUCGCCUUUAUUGGCCAUCUUUGCCGGUAUUGUCCUUUCAAUUCCAAUCGCUUUCCUCAUCGUUUUCGUCUAUCGACAACUCAUCCGAAAAAGAAAUCAAGCUGCUUUGUAUGCGAGAAAUCUCGAAUUUGAGACA